AUGUCUGGUUCCAGCCCAAAUCCAGAAAGCAGCCCAGACCCAAUCACUUCACCCGACCAGAGAAUGGAGGCCGCUACUCUCUGCAAACUCUGCGCGGGGCUCGAUAUUCAGGCCUCAGUCAAGCGUAUCGUAUCUCAAGAUAAAAGCCAGAAUAGCGACUCCCUCACUCUCACAUCACCAUGGCACAGCACCCUCGCCUCCGUCGACACCUCCUCCUCCUCAUGCGCUCUCUGUGCGGCCAUCAUGAAGGGCUGGCAGGCCAGCCGCGAGGUGGUGGUUGAGCAGGCGAUACAGGACGCCAUGUUUGACCCUGCGAACCCGCCGCCGGGCCUGAACGACCCUGUCAACCGCAUCCCGGCGUACCGGGAUGCGGAGGGGAUCACGGUUGAGGUGGUGCGGAGGCCGAGGAGGGUGCGGGAUGGCCGGGGGAAUGCGUUCAGUUUAUUUCUGAGGGUGAAGUGUGGUCCGACGACGGCGGCUUCGUUUGAUGUUGUUGGCCGUGUGGUGGCGGAGCUGCGUAUUGCGCGGGGGGGUGGGGGUUCUGUUGCUCUGGGUGCGGCCGAUGCAGCGGAUGAGGUGUUCGCGAAGGUUGUGCGGCAUACGGAUCUUCUUGUUCGUAAGGAUCCUCUGUCACAAGAGAGUCUGGAUGUUGCGAGGGGUUGGCUGGAGACGUGCGUGAACAGCCAUGGGGCGGACUGCAGCUCAGUGGGAAGUGAGAAAUGGAGGCCCACACGCCUGCUGGAAGUUGUGCCCGAAUCCAACAAAAUCUACCUACGGGAGUCCGCCACGCUCGACUCAGCCGGCGAUGCUCGAUAUAUCGCGCUCAGCCACUGCUGGGGCCAGGGCGGGACCCCUUUCACAACCACACACCAAACGCUCCCUCUCAGGAUGAGCGGCAUCGAUAUUCGCGACCUCCCGCAAACUUUCCGGGACUCAGUCACCCUCACAAAAGAGCUCGGCCUGCAGUACCUCUGGAUCGACAGCCUCUGCAUCAUCCAAGACGACGCGGCCGACUGGGCCCAAGAAGCCGCCCAGAUGGCCCACGUCUACCGCAACGCGCACCUGGUCCUCAACGCCGCCAACAGCGACUCGGACAGCAAAGGCUUCCUCCAACCGCGACACACCCCGGACACCGUCCCCCUCCCACCGCCACCAACCCCCCUCACCUCCACCUCCACCUCCACACCCACUUCCCCCAAUGUCAGUCCCAAUCCCGUCACUUCCCUCUCCCCUAAUCCCAACCCGGAUCCCAAUCCCAAUCCCAAUCCCACCCCUAAUCCCACCCCUAAUCCCACCCCCAACCCCACCCUCGACCUCAAAUUUCACCUCCAACUCCUCCCCCCCUCCCCCCACCACCCACUUACCACCACCACCACCACCGCCACCGGCAACGAUAGAGCCCUCGCCCACGAGCCCAUCAGCGCCCGCGCCUGGUGCCUGCAAGAGUAUAUCCUGCCGGUGCGUGCGCUGCAGUAUGGCAGGCGGCAGAUGUUUUGGGGGUGUGAGCUGAUGAGGGCGGGGGAGGAGGGGGAUGUUGUUGCGCUGGGGUUGGGGCAGGCGGUGGAUGAGGGUAACGAUGGGCAUGAUGGGGGUGGGAUGGGGUGA